AUGUCUACUACACCCAGUAUCGAAGAGCUCAAAAAGUGGGACCAGCAAGAUCCUUUCAACUGGACUCGCGCUGAAUUCGAGAUCCCGACCAUCGCGGCCUGCGGCGGUCAAGGAGAGGGCGACUCUAUCUACUUCUGCGGCAACUCGCUCGGCCUGCUCAACAAGAAUGCCAGGAAACAUAUGAUUGAAGAGCUCGAUGUCUGGGGUACCAGCUCUGUGACGGGCCAUUUCAACCACCCGCACAACCGUCCAUGGAAACACGUCGACCGCCCACUCACGCCUCUCCUCGCCAAGCUCAUCGGAGCGAAAGAAGAUGAGGUCGCGCAUACCUCGACGUUGACGAGUAAUAUUCACAACUUGUUUACGAGCUUUUACAGGCCGACGGAGAAGAGGUGGAAGAUUGUGAUUGAGAAGGGCAGUUUCCCUAGUGACUGGUAUGCGAUCCACUCGCACCCGAAGUUGCACGACAAGGUGCUCAGCCAGGCUCAGAUUGAUGAUGCGAUUAUCGGUCUGGAACCCAGGGAAGGCGAGGACGUGCUCCGUACGGAGGACAUUCUGAAGGUGAUCGAGGAGAACAAGGACACUAUUGCCGUCGUCUGGCUCCCGCUGGUACAGUACUACACUGGUCAGCUCUUCGAUAUCGCCGCCAUCUCGCCAAAGGUCCACGACAUCGGAGCAUUGCUCGGUAUUGACAUGGCACACGGUACCGGCAAUGUCGAAUGCAAGCUGGACGAGUGGAAUGUCGACUUUGCCGUCUGGUGUACUUACAAGUAUCUGAAUGCUGGACCGGCGGCUAUUGGGGGCAUGUUUGUGCGGGAAGGACUGGAUGAUGGUGGUCGACGCCUUGCUGGAUGGUGGGGCAACGACGCUGCCACGCGAUUCCAAAUGGACCCGGAAUUCCGAGCGACCCCAGGCGCCAAGGGCUACCAACACUCUUGCACCCCCGUCUUCUCCUCCAUCCCCCUCCUCGCCACUCUUGAUCUUAUCGACAAAGUCGGCUUUGCCAACAUGGUCGAAAAGGGAAAGAAACUCACGGGGACGCUGGAGAUGCUGCUGAAGGCUUCGCCAUACUAUGCAAAGAAGGACGACCCGAAGGGAAAGCUCGGGUUUAGGAUUAUCACGCCAGAAGCGCCUUUCCGCGGAACCCAAUUAUCCGUUGUGAUCUUGCCCGAGGAGGAGCAUGUGAUGCCCAAGAUCUUUGAAAAGAUGCUCGCGAGGGGUUUGGUGGGAGACGAGAGGCAGCCGAGUGUGAUCAGGUUGAGUCCUGUUGUUCUUUACAAUACGUUUGAGGAUGUAGGCAGGGCUGUGCAGAUCGUGGAAGAGGCGUUCAAGGAGUAUGAAAAGGAGCGAGAAUAG